GAAGAGGGAACUCAUCUUUAAAGACGACGUCUCUCUUCAUUAGAUCAGAGGAGCAGCUAUGAGUUUAACUGCAGCAGUGAGUGGAUUUGUCUUCUUCCUUCUCUCUGCACCAGUGAUUCACAGUCAGGAUGACUGGAGAGUGACUUACACCUCUUCUAAGGUCUGUGCCUUGAAAGGAUCAACAGCUGAAAUACGCUGCAGCUACACAUACCCAUACACAAUAUCUGGCCUUUAUACAAAAGUUGAGGAAACAUUUUGGUUCACUAAAGAGAGUAAUGAUGUUUAUGUGGAUCUGAGAACGGACCCGGAGUAUUCAGGUCGUGUGCAGUCUCACUGUGGAAACAACUACUGCACUCUGACAAUCACAAACGUGAGAGAGAGCGACUCAGCUGAGUACAAGUUCAGGUUCACUACAAACCAACCAGGUGAGAAGUAUACUGGUGAUACUGGAGUCUCUCUGUCCGUCACAGAUCUCCAGGUUCAGGUGAACAGAUUACUGGUCUACCAGUUUUCUAAAUGGACAGAGUUGAUGUGUCAGAGCAGCUGUCUUCCUCCUGGUCAUCCUCACUACGUCUGGUACAACAAUGGACAGAAGAUUUGGGGAAAAACUUCUAUUUCGUACUCAGGCUACUUUUAUCCUUCAGACAGAAUCUCCUGUGCUGUAGGAGGAUAUGAGGAACUUCGCUCUCCUUCAGUGUUGAUACAGAGUCCUAAUGCCUGGAGAGUGACCUACACUCCUACUGAGGUCUGUGCCUUUAAAGGAGCAACAGUUAAAAUGCACUGCAUACACCCAUCCAUGACAAACCAAGCUGUUCACAAAACAUUCUGGUUUACUAACACAAAUGGUGGUCGACCUGUGGAUCUGACAACAGACUCAGAGUACUCAGGACGUGUGCAGACCCAGUGUGAUAAGAACUACUGCACUCUGACAAUCACAAACCUGAGAGAGAGCGACUCAGCUGAGUACAAGUUCAUGUUCACUACAAACCAAUCAGGUGGGAAGUAUACCGGUUCACCUGGAGUCACUUUGUCUGUCACAGAUCCACAGCUCCAGAUAAAUGUGAGGAGACCAACAGUCCAUUCUACCUGGACAGAGCUAACAUGUCACACUAAGUGUCAGCUGCCUGAUCAUUCGUCUUACAUCUGGUACAAGAAUGGACAGAAAAGGAAGGAAGAAACAGUUUAUUUUCUUCACAGCCCAUUAAAUCCAGCAGACAACUAUUCUUGUGCUAUAAGUGGAUACGAGAUGUCCCCCUCUCCUUCAGUAUAUGCUCCAAAGCUUCCCUCUGUGUCAGUGAGUCCCUCUGAUGAGAUAGUGGAGGGCAGUUCAGUGACUCUGACCUGUAGCAGUGAUGCUAACCCAGCAGCUAAAUACACCUGGUACAAGGAGGGUGUAGAUCAAGACCAUGAACGUCUAAGUGAAGUAUUGCAGCUCGUCUUCAGCUCCAUCCAGUCCUCUGACUCUGGACAGUAUUACUGCACAGCUGAGAACCAGCUGGGGACGAAGACAUCUGAAUACAUCAUUAAUGUGACAUAUCCUCCAAAGCUUCCCUCUGUGUUAGUGAGUCCCUCUGAUGAGAUAGUGGAGGGCAGUUCAGUGACUCUGACCUGUAGCAGUGAUGCUAACCCAGCAGCUAACUACACCUGGUACAAGGGGAACCAAACACAGCAUCAAAGUCCAGAAGGCAUUCAUCAUUUCUCCUCCAUCAGCUCUGAGGACAGAGGGAUCUACUACUGCAAGUCUGAGAAUCCACAUGGAGAGAUCAUGUCAUCAUCUCUAUCAGUAGAUGUCCAGUAUGCUCCAAAGCUUCCCUCUGUGUCAGUGAGUCCCUCUGAUGAGAUAGUGGAGGGCAGUUCAGUGAAUCUGACCUGUAGCAGUGAUGCUAACCCAGCAGCUAACUACACCUGGUACAAGGAGGGUGAAGACUCAUCAAAAGCAUCAGGACAGAUCUUCACCAUCACUGACAUCAGAGCUGAACACAGUGGGAAUUAUUACUGUGAAGCCCGGAACAAAAGAGGACGUCAUAACUCCACCUUACAUCUGAUUGUUGUACCAGAUCUCCAUUUCUCAGGAUCAUGGAAAUAUACAGCUGCUGGAACAAUCACUGUUGUUCUUCUGGCUGUCUUAUCCCUCUCUGUCUUCCUGUGGAUUAGAAAAAAGGGGGCUUCCAGGGACUCGUCUGAACUUGAAGAGAGACGGGACAACAGGGAACAGGGAAGAAUAGGACAGCAGGAGGAGCAGGGUGACCUCCAGUACGCCAGCAUCCACUUCUCCAACCACCAGGCAGAUCCUCGGGACAACAGGGAACACGGACAGCAGGAGGAGCAGGGUGACUUCCAGUUCGCCAGCAUCCACUUCUCCAACAACCAGGCAGAUCCUCUCUACUCCAACAUCAGGCCAGCUCAGCCCCUCAGACACACGGAGCAACAGGAAGGGGCUGAAUACGCCGCCGUCAAGUUCAUCAGAGCCCCGAGAAUCAGAGCUGGAGAGGAUCCAGCUGCAUUGUACAGCACCGUCAACAAAAACUGAUGACCACAGAGUCUACACCUCUAUACAUAUACAUAUAUAUAUAUAUAUAAUUUAUAUGUUUUAUGUUCAUAAAAUGUAUUUCAAUUAAAUAUUAAAUAAUUAUUAUUUUAUUAAUACAUAUAUAUUUAAAACGAAUAAUAAUAAUAAUAAUAAUAAUAAUAAUUAUUAUUAUUAUUAUUAUUAUUAUAUAACAAUACUAAUUAUUAUUAUUAUUAUUAUUAUUAUAUAACAAUAAUAAUUAUUAUUAUUAUGUGCAUGAUGGGAUCACAGAGAGGUAGUGUCAUCCUCAACGUUAAAACUGUGACCUUGAAAUGCUGGAAUAUUUCCAUAAGGUAUUAAAGUCACCUGAGAUCUCUUAUACAUUUAAUGUAAAUGACAGUAAGUCACAGCUUAUUAAUGUGCUGCUUUACUAUUGGAGGGUAACAUGUGUUUGCUGAUCUAGUUGUAGUUCAUAACUGUUGCCACUAGAUAUUAGUAAAGAGUUACAUUUUGCUAAUAACAGAGAAUGUACACUCCUGUAUUUACAAUAUAUCUUCACCACGUUCUUCUUCUUCCCUCUUUUCUUUUUUUUUCUUUUUUUACCAGUUUUAUCCCAGCUGGUUUUAUUGUAAGUCAAAUAUCAGUAUUACUGUACUAAUUUUGUAAAUUAUUUCUACUGCCUCACCUGCUCAUUACAGUCAUCUACAUGCUUCUUUUUCAUACAUAUACUUCAGGUGGGUGUGUUUUUUUUUUCUCUACUUGUAUAUACGUUCAACACUGUGAAUUUGCAUUUUGUACUAAAAAGUUCUGUUUUGUUUGAAUAAAAAACAAAAUAGUAG